GGCUCGUUUAAGCUGGGAGCUGCUCGUGUUCUGUCUGGCUGGCAGAUGCAGUGCCUAGUCCCCGGCCUCCAGGACAACGCCAACAUGAACGGGACGUCCGAGCAGGCCGACAUCCUGCCGCCAAACUGCAUGGUCAAAGACCGAUGGAAAGUGCUGAAGAAGAUCGGCGGUGGCGGGUUCGGGGAGAUCUACGAGGCUUUGGACCUGCUGACGCGGGAGAACGUGGCGCUGAAGGUGGAGUCGGCCCAGCAGCCCAAACAGGUGCUGAAGAUGGAGGUGGCGGUUCUGAAGAAGCUGCAGGGUAAAAAUCACGUGUGUAAAUUCAUCGGCUGCGGGAGAAACGACAAAUUCAACUACGUGGUGAUGCAGCUGCAGGGUCGAAACCUGGCCGACCUGCGGAGGAGUCAACCCAGAGGAACCUUCACCAUGAGCACCACGCUGCGGCUCGGGAAGCAGAUCCUGGAGUCCAUCGAAGCCAUCCACUCAGUGGGCUUCCUGCACCGCGACAUCAAACCGUCGAACUUUGCGAUGGGUCGGCUUCCCUCCACAUACAGGAAGUGCUACAUGCUGGACUUCGGUCUGGCGCGGCAGUACACCAACACCACGGGAGAGGUCCGACCGCCGAGGACCGUGGCAGGAUUCAGAGGGACGGUCCGCUACGCUUCAGUCAACGCUCAUAAAAACAAGGAAAUGGGUCGCCAUGACGACUUGUGGUCGUUGUUUUACAUGCUGGUGGAGUUCGCUGUAGGACAGUUACCAUGGCGAAAGAUCAAAGAUAAGGAACAAGUGGGUCAGAUUAAAGAGCGAUACGACCAUCGGAUGCUGCUCAAACACAUGCCGUCAGAGUUCAACAUCUUCCUGGACCACGUUCUGGCUCUGGACUACUACACCAAACCAGACUACCAGCUGCUGAUGUCGGUGUUUGAGAACAGCAUGAAGGAGCGAAUCAUCACAGAGAACGAGCCUUUUGAUUGGGAGAAGGGAGGCGGUGAUGUCACGCUGUCGACCAGCGCCUCCACCCAACCGCAGCACAACACCCGACCGACCGCCGCCAUGGUGGGAGCCAUCGUGACGCCGGUUCCUGGAGAUCCUCAGCGGGAGAACACGGACGAUGUUCUGCAGGACGAACAUCUGAGCGACCAGGAGAACGCCCCGCCGGCUCCACCCAGCCGACCUCCUCCGGGGGAAACGCCCGUCCAGCACGCGGGGGAGACGGGAGAAGCCUGGGAGGACACGGACUUCAACCGCAACAGACUCAGGAUCAGCCUUAACAAGGCGGCUCAGGAGGAGGAGUCGGGUCGGGCAGCGUGUCCGCCAUCGCCGGUUCGAGCCCCGGAGUCACCGAACGGUCAGGGUCGCUCUUUACGAUACCGCCGGGUCAACAGCCCCGAAUCUGACCGGCUGUCUGCCGCCGAGGGUCGAGCCGACGCCUACGGACAGAGGUCUCGGAUGGACAUCCUCGGCUCGCCGUCCCGUCACGUCUACUCCUCCCAGCCGGCCCAGAUGCUGUCCGUCGACCCCGGUUGCCGCGGCGACCGCCAGAUCAGCGGCCGCCAGGAGGUGUCGGUGGCGUCGGUCGACCAGGAGGCGCACAGCAACGCCUUCAUCCGCUCCGUCCCGCUGGCCGAGGAGGAGGACUUCGACAGCAAGGAGUGGGUGAUCAUCGACAAGGAGGCGGAGCUACGAGACUUCCAGCCAACCACGUCGGGGACCACGGACGAGGAGCCCGAGGAGCUCCGCCCCCUGGAGGAGCAGGAGGAGAGGAGGAGGCUCCGGGCGGCAGGCGGCGAGCUCGUCGUUCGUCCAAAGACUCACACGAGAGAGAGCAGCCGCGGGAUGCUAACGCUAACGGAGGAGGAGGCGUCGAGGAGGAGCGGCGGGAGCCCCGCCCAGUCGCCGUGCCACUCGCUGCCGUCGGGACGCCCCCGCCGGAGAGAGUCGGAGCCCACCGGACCUCAGAGACCGGUGUUGUCGCCCACGGAGCAGAGCGCCCCAUCACCGCCCUCCCCGGAUUAUCGGACAAAAGGCCAGGAUGACGAGAAGGAGCAUUUCCACAUCCUUCCUCAGCUUCAGGCCAAGAGGGCCGACUUCCUCACUGUCGUGCUGACUGGUACCUUGCCUCAACGCCGGAGCUUCGCCACACCAGACGAAGACAUCCCCGAACCCCCAGGGCCGAGAGAUGAUGAUGUCACAAAGAGUGAAUCCAACAGUGAGGCCAGUCAGAAGAGCACUGAACGCAGCCAGGAUGCGGCACCCUCCACGCUCAUGGCUGAGGACCAGAGGGGCCAAAGGGAGCAUGCCUCAGCUGCUGAUGCAGACCCUGAUCUGGAGGAUGCUUCCAAGACCCUCGUCCUCUUCUCCCCCGGAGACACUCGCAAGUCCCCUUCUGGUGGAGAUCAUGUUCUAGAGGGUGAGUUGGCAACACCGUUUGCCCUGACUCCCCGUAUCGACCGCCUCCUGGUUGGGGAAGGGAUCCAGCAAGAGCCUUCUGAGACUGGCCGUUUAUCCCCUGCUCUCAGGUCAGACCUGAGGCCUUCCACUCCCAUUGCUCCUGCUUCACCACCCUUCACCAAAGUUGAGCGCACUUUCAUACAUAUUGCAGAGACAUCACACCUCAAUGUCAUGUCUUCCAACGGUCACUCUGCCAAGGACAGUGACCGGGAAGUCUCCACCAUCAUGAAGGAUUUAAUUGAGGAUGACAGCCAUGAGCAGGUGGUGACGGAAGAGCCUCCAGAGGCAUCCGUGCCAGACCAACCGCCAUCAGUUGACAAACACCCUAAAACUGAGAAUGGUCCAUCACCUGUCCUGGCUCAGUCUUUGGAGCCUGUCCCAGAAGCCAUGUCACCAGUUCAUGAACAAAAACAGCCAUCGUCCAGUGAAGAAGCUGCCAAGGUUCAGGCAACUGCAUCCGAGCUACCAGUGAUCAUAAAGCCCAAGAUUCGCAGCCGAAUCCCUGUGCUCAUCUCUGAAGAAGACUCAGGCUCCGAGAAGUCCUCCUCCCUCUCGGCACGAGCUCGGCUUCAGCAGCGAGCCAGGCAGCUGGACUUGGCCCGCAUGCUGGUCCAGAAGCAGCAGGGUCGCUGGAUGAGGAGGAGGAUGUUGUCUGGGACAUCGUCAUCGUUGUCCUCUGGAGAAGAUGAGCAUCGGAGGGCAUCAGAAACUCUGUCCACCACCGGCUCAGAAGAGGACACACAUACCUCGGAUGAGUCCAGGAGGAGUGCCCGUCUCAAACCGACAGAAGAGCAGGGCUCCAAGGAGUGCAGGAGCAGGAUCCCCAGGCCUGUUACCCCUAUAAAGAGGCCUUCAGGGAAGCUUGCUGUUCCUUCUCCUCUCUCCUUGCCAGAGCCCAGCACUAUCGAAGGAGCAUCAUCCUUCAGCAACGGGCAUCAGAAAAUUGGACUAAGCACUCUCAGCACCCAACGAAAAUCAAAGCCAGUCCCAUCCAGAUCCUCCUCGUCAUGUCCCCGCCCCUCUGCUGUCCCCGCCCAGUCCGGGAGCCCUCGAAUGCCCCUCCGAGUCCUAUUUGGAACCCGCCGCAGCCUUAGCUCCAACCACUGCAGGACAGACAGCCCCUCUCCUCAGAGAGUAUGUCCGUCCAGGCAGCCCCUCUCCGUUCGAGCCCCAACCGUCCCUGUGCUACCACCCAGGACUACAACAACCAUGCGGCGCAGCGCCUCGCAGGAAGCCACCGCUCAAUCAUCCUCUGGCACCACGCCCACUCGGACCAGGCCAAAACCAGCUGCUGCAGCUAAGGGGAAACCGAAUGCCAGGGAGAAGUCGGUGCCCGCUAGAUAA